AUGAAUAUCUCUUACCCGUGCAUACGCACGGGACUCGUGCUAGUUUUUUUGGAACAAAGGAGUUGGUACUUGUGUCAGUUAAUUGUAAUUGUAUCCACGUGUCGUGAAACGGGUUUACCUUUGCAUUCGGUAUCAUCCUCAAGAGCUCAACGGCUCAACCCGAUUCUAUCCAUCAUUUUCCUCUAAACUCAAGAAACCCACGCCUCGUACACGUGACAGACUGACGAUAGAUCAACAAUGGUUUUUCUUCUCAAUUGGAAAUUUGCAGCAGUUAUCGAUUACACCACUUCGAAAUAAACGUGCUCAGUACCACAAUGUUUUUCAACGGCGCUGUUCAGCGGAGGCUGGCGGCUCUUCUACAGCCAUGGCUGAUGGGCGACCAAGAGCUGGAGCUCAAGCUCGGGCUCCUCCACUCGAAAGGGGUCCUGAGCAACGUCAGGCUCAACGCCGCCGUGCUUAACGGGUUGCUGGACGACCCGUCCAGAAUUUGCUUCAAAGGGGCAACCGUCGAGCACAUCAGCCUGGAAUUCUCCCCCUUUUCUCCCGUCGCAUUCACUCUCGUACUUCGUGGUGUCAGCAUUGUUCUUUCAAUCGGAGAAGAGGAGGAUGAGGGGGGAGGUAAGUGGAGGAGGAAGCCGAGGGAUACAACCAUAGAGGAAAGAAAUAAGGCUCUAGAAGAAAUUGAUCCUGAGGGUUGUGCUUUGCAUGGUUCUAUUAAAAAGAUUACGGAGAUUACUACCCGAAGAUGGAGAGAGUCGUUAUUGGAUACUGUUUUUAGACAUUGUCACUUGGAUUUGCAAGAUGUACAUGUGCUUCUGCAGUCUCCUAGUUUGCAUGAUUCAUUGUCAUGUUCAUUGUACACGGAAAAGCUCAGGUUUGCAUCCAGAAUUAUACGUCCGUGCUUUAUUCGCGAGCUCAUAAGUUCAUUUUUGGUGGCCGUAGAAGAGAGUCUGAUUGAUGUUGAUAUUAACAGUUUUGAGAUUAGGUUGAACAGUGAAAGUCGAACAAGUUCUGUAUUACCUGCCACCAAUAUGUUCGCUGUAGUAAAUUCGAAUCAACUUCAGUCCAUGAGCCUCUGGUUUCAUGUUCCAGCAUUAAAUAUUUUAUUCUCUCCAUUUGAUCUCUCUGUCAUAUUAUUACUUUAUGGACUUCUGUCGAAAGAGAGGAAAUGUCCUAGAACUGGAAGGCAACUGUGGAACAUAGUGGCAAGCAGAAUAAGUUCUCUUCUUCCAAGUUCCAGCUUGUCAUUGGUUAAAGUAGUUAAGAUUGUGAGUCUGUGGUUGCAUUACGUACAAACCUACCAGAGUAUACUUCUACGAGUGGGAUAUCCUGCAAGUGAAAGAAUGCAAAGAUCGGCUACCUUAAUGUUUCAGGAUGCAGCGUAUUCUAGAUCUGUCAAGUCUCAGUGGAAUUUGAUUGCUGAAAUCGAGGAUUCUCUGCCUCUGGAAGCAGUUGCAGUGGCUCGGAGAAUAAUCCGACACAGAGGGUCAUUAGGAAUUACUGUUGAAAAUCACAAUUCUGGUGAAGUGCCUGCUACCUGGCCUCUCCCGAAGCUGUUUCAACUACUUGUGCUCAUUUUGAGCAUGAUAGGCAGUUUGUUAGUUUCAGUUGUGAAGAUUCUUUUUUUGCAUAAGCUGGCUUUUUUCUCUGAGAGUAGCUCCCACUCUGGCUCUGUUCAUGAAUUCUCCAUUCUACAACAAAGCAUCACUCUGAAAAUUCAAGAAAUUUCAGUGUCUGUUUCUCCAGAAACUGAUGUACAGCCUUCUAAGAGUGGGAAUGCAUUUUCAGAAACAAAGAUUGCACUUCAACCCUCACAAGAAUUCAAUUUUUAUCUAGACGCCUUCUUCUUGAGAUAUAUAGUAGAUAUUUCUGAAAAGUGUGUUACAUUAUCAUGUGGGCAUGUGAAGAUUUUUUCUUGUGCUUUGAGAACCGGUGCUAGCAGGCACUCCAGAGAACAUUGGAAGCAGGAAGUUGACAAUAGGCAGAUUAUUGUAUGGGGUGAGCCAGCUCAAAUUAUUAACAUUCCUGAAUCCACUAUUGAUAGUGCUAAGGAUGGUAAUGUUAGGACAUCAGUCCCUCAUUUAGACCACCUUUUAGGAAAAUUAUGGUUGAACUGGAAAGAUUCUUAUUAUGAAUCUGAAGGGGAAAACGUACCAAGUUUGCAGCUUCCUUGGAUUCUUGUUGAUAUAAGGAGUUAUUUGGUGGAUAAUGUAAUCAGAGAUUCUAGUUCGCGGGUUAACUGUGGCUUGAUUAUUGGUAAACUGAAUGCCAAUCUGGGGUAUUAUUCCAUCGUAUCAAUUACAGUACUCCUAAGACAAUUACAGUGUGCUUGUUGGAACCUGGGGAGCAAAAAUGUUGUUUGGCAUACACCAACUACGAUUAGUGAGGAUCCACCUGUGAGGUAUUUUAGUAAAGUCGCAUCACAUUUUAGCCAAGUGCAAGCGGGAAUUAUUAGAAUGCUUCCUGAGAAGCAUAUACAACUUGGGGCUUUCGUUGCUGGUCCUCACAUACUGAUAUCUCCGUCAAAUGACCAGUUUAACUCUCAUCAUUUUGAUGCACAGAUCUCAUUUGAAAUCUGCAAUGUUGAACUUCUGGUAUCACCAAAUCUGAAAGAUAUUGUUAGAUUAUUUGGUGAAAACUCAGACUGUCUUGGACUAAAAAAACCUCAAGAAUUUGAUAUUUGUGAAUCAGAUUUUGGAGCUUACAGCUGUCAAGGGCAGAUUUCAAUCAACGCUUACUUAAAGAUCAAUGGUUUGAAGGCUUACAUUGGUGAUACCAUUGGGAAUCACAAACACGAGAUUAUUUCAUUAGAGCCAAAAACUGCAGUACUCGAUUAUGUAAGGAAGGAUCACCAUUCAUUUUGUUCAUCAGUUGUUACUGUCUCAGCAGCCUUCCGUUUCAUGUCUGCUGGUGUUUCCUUUUUGUUUUUUCUGGAUGAGUUGUAUGUUUUGUCAAAGAUAGUUUUUGCAGUACUUGAGGAGUCACGCGCCUUCACAUUCGAUGGAUCUGUUGGUAAUCAACGCUACAAAGAACUAUCAAGGAGAGACACUGAUUAUUCUGAAGUCGAGUGUGGGCCGGCAUCCUUUGUUAGAAGCAGACAGUCAUCGCCAACAAAUUCUUUGGUCUAUGUCAACAGCGAUUUCGAGCUUAACUCGUUUGACAUGAUUCUUCAUCAUUCGCGGAAGACUUUUAGUCAGGAGACCUACCGGAGCACAAUGUCUAGUGAAGGGGAAAUUGGCAGAAAGUUGGGAAUCUACGUGUCUAUACAGCGUCUAGUGAUGGAAUUUGUGUUUAAUGGUUGGGAACUGGAUAUUAUCAUUGACCAAACUGGAGCUCAAUGUAUCAUUUUUAGAUAUUUGACUGAAUUUGAUGGAAAUUUUUGUGAAUCUGAGCUGGAAAACCUCUUACGCUCUCUAAAUUACUUGACUGAAGCUUCUGCUUGUUAUGGCAAAUUAUGUUUCAACUUCAGAAACUCUGAGAAAGCCCCACCAUUGGGAAGCUUGCACAGACCAGCUAAUGAAUCAAGUUCUCAUGGUGUAACCCUUUACACGCAGGAGGAUUCUUCUUUGUUUGUCAGUACAGAAACGUCAUCAGAUUGUUGGCUAUCUGCAAAUAUUGUUCUUUCUGGAAUUUGUAUUAUUGGAUCACAAAUGAAAGAUAUUUUGGUUGACAAACUCGAGGAAUUCAGUGCAUUCUGUUCAGUUGGGGGAGAAUUCCAGGCCAUCUCAUGUGAAUGCAAGGGUGGUUUUGUGUUAGUUGAAGCAGCUGCUGUUACAAUGUUCGUUGAAUGUUCCACAUCUUACUAUCAAAAGAUCUCAGAUUUUUGGCCUUCUGGUCUAUCAUCUUGUAAAGAUGCAGUUUCGCAAUAUGUCACUGAAAUGGUUCCGCUAGAUAACUACCUUAGUGCAAAUCCUCAGCAAGUCCAAUGUCCAGAAGUUACAUGGGAUCGUCUGCAAGCAUUUUCGAUGAGUCUUUUUCAUCUAUCUCUCAUACUUAUGGAGAGAGAUGAAUCUGGAAGUCGCCAUGAACUUCUAUGUGAGGUUAACUAUCAUGUCAGUUUCGAGCUCUUAGAUACAGUUAGAAAACUUUCAGCAACUAUUUCCAAGUUUUCUAUGCUUUCCCGCUUCAUUCAUAAAGCCAAGGAUGGAGAAUCUAUUCAACCAGAUGUUUCUGACAGCGGGCCCAGCACCUCGGUCUCCCAUAGGGGUUCUCAUGUUGGUAUUUCCAUGAGCGAUCCAGUGCAAAAGAACCAGUACAUAAGCCCUCAAAAGUAUAUAUUGAAAGAUUUGCGAUGUUCUCUAGCAGUUGAGGGGCCUGUGACAGAAGAUCAGACUACUCUUGCUUACUUGAAUAACAUUUGGGUUGGUAGUGGUUCUCUGUCGGGGUUAGAUAUUACUAUCUCUCUGUAUGAAAUAAAGAUGGUGCUUUCUGCUUUUGAAUUUUUCUCCAAGAUUUCGAACAGAGAGGGGACUAUCAACGUGGAAUCUAGGCACUGGUCUCAUAACCAAGAAGCAGGAGGAAACUUGAGAGAAAUGGUUCCUGAUGGAACAAUUGUUGCUAUCCAAGAUGUCGAUCAGCACAUGUAUAUUGCUGUUGGAGGAGCAGAAAAUGGGCAUGAUAUAGAGGGUGCAAUCCAUUAUUCGCUGGUGGGAGAGCGGGCUUUAUUCAGUGUAAAGUAUCAUAAACCAAGGAGAUGGGAGCCACAAAAUCAGUACUUUUCCCUAGUUUCGUUGUAUGGUAAAGAUAACUCUAGUGAACCAUUGCGAUUGUGUUGCCGCCCAAGGUCAAGAUUCGUUGAUCUCUCUUCUCCAAGUGAUCGUGGGGCUGCACUUUGGAGAAUGCUUCCUUUUACACCAGAUGCCUAUGAAGAUGCCAUUGAGUUGGAAUCUUCUAGUUCUUUAUCUAAAAGGACAUUUCACCUUGUUAAUAAGAAGAACAAUUGUGCGAUAGCUUUUAAUGAUGGCAUCCUUGAAUUCGUAAGCAAGCCAGGAAAUCUAUUCAAGUGGAAAGUGUUUGAUGACCGUGCUCCAGAGGGUGUAAAUUUUUCACUGAAUAGAUAUUUAAUUGAGGGCCUUUCUUGUAACACUUCUGGAUCUAGGGAACUACAAAGUUCUCAAAUGACUGGAACUGGUUCUCAGGAUGUUUCAGAGGUCGCUGAUAUGGGUGAUUUAAGGACAGAUAAGAAGCUUUCAGGGAUCACUAUGGUGGUGGACAAGGUUACACUGACAAUUGUUCAUGAGCUCUCGGAUACUGAGGAGAAUUUCCCGCUUCUCCAAGGAUCAAUUAUAUUCAAUCAAACAAUAAUACAAAUCUCAAAGCUUAAACUCAGGGUUAUAAAUACAUUUGAAGUUGUUUUAUACUACUUUGAUGCGCAUCAAAACUCAUGGAUGGAUUUUAUUCAACCUGUUGAAAUAUGCAGUUUCUACUCGAAGAAGUUUGUUGUUGAGGGCGUCGAAAAUUCUAUCCAGGGAGUACCAAGUCGUUUCUAUGCUAAGCUUAAGGAGGUCUCUGUAUCAUUGAGUGAGCUUUCAUUGGAUAUCCUGUUAUUAGUAAUUAGCAAGUUGGACUUGGCUGGCCCUUAUGCAGUAAAAAAUUCUGUAGUUCUGGACAAUUGCUGCAAGGUUGCAAACCAGUCCGGCUUGACCCUUGUUUGUCAAUUUUAUGAUAAUCAAGAUGCAUCAGUAUCUGCAAGACAGUUAACUACUGUCCGUUUAAGGCACCUGGCCUUGGCAAAUCAACCACCAGAAGCAUCUUUCUUUUCAGUACAGCUUUUCCAGAAAGGUUCCCUUUCAACUUCUCCAAUUCAUCUCUCACUUCCAGAAGCUUGUCAAUUCGCUUGGAGAACCCGCAUUGUUGGAGACUCCAAGUCUUUUCCUGGUCCAUUUGUUGCUGUAGAAGUUUCAAAGAGAUCUGAGGAUGGGCUGUCAAUUAUCGUCUCUCCUCUAUUAAGGAUACACAAUGAAACUGAUUUCUCUUUGGAGCUGCGUUUUCAUAGACCUCAACAUGAAGAAACUGAAUCCGCAUCUUUGAGAUUGGAUGCUGGAGAUAUUGUGGAUGACGCCAUGAUGGCAUUUACUGCUGUUGAUUUGUCAGGUGGUUUGAGAAAGGCACUAACAUCUUUAAGUGUUGGGAACUAUGUUUUCUCGUUCAGACCCGACCUUGCAGAUGGUACGAAGAAUUUUGAGGAGUCAUCAGUAGGGUGGUCAGAUGAUCUUAAAGGUGGGAAGCCUGUUCGUCUGUCAGGGUUAUUUGACAAAUUAAGUUACCAGGUGCGGAAGGCAUUGUCCAUUAACACGUUGAAAUCAACUCUGGACAGUGCAAGUUGUGCUGUCAGAUCCAAAGAAGGUUAUGAUGCUAGUAUGUAUUUCCUGAUAAAAACUAUUGGGAAGGCUAUGCCUGUUGUAAAUCCAGAUAAUUUCGGAUAUGCCCCUGGGAAUAAAAAUUCCCCAGUUGCAAUGCAAGAGCAGAAGGAAAUUUUUGUCCUGCCCACAGUUCAAGUUUCGAAUUUAUUGCACACUGAGAUUCAUGUCAGUCUAACAGAUAGAGAUCCGCAAGGCACCAAUGGCAAUCAAAAUGCAUGGAAUCAAGCGACCAUUUCUUGUGGAGCUGCUGCAAACUUCUAUGCAAACCCCGCUACAAUAUAUUUUGUGGUCACUUUAACAUCUUUUGGCUUGAGCUGUAAACCAGUCAACAGCAGUGACUGGGUAAGGAAAUUACAAAAGCAAAAAGAUGAUGUUUCUCAUUUGGACAUUGAGUUGGAGUUUGGUGGUGGGAAGUGCUUCGCUAUGCUAAGAUUGUCUGGGCACAGAGGCACAUUACAGGCUGGCAUCUUUACUUCAUAUGCGUUGCAGAAUAAUACAAACAUGCAAAUGUUUUGCUCUUCUGCCAACCAGAAGCCAUUAUCUUGGGUUGACAUGGAAAGAUUUGGUCCAGAUACUCCUCCAGAGUCGGGUUCAUGCUUGCCUCCGAAUUCCAUCACAUCAUGGUUCUUGAAAGGCCCCACACCAGCAUGCAAUGUUCACCACAAGAUUCAACACAAUGCUGGCAUGAUUCUGGACCCUCAGAUGACAAAUCAAACCGUUGAAGAAGAAGACGAAGUGACAGCUUGCAUGGGACACUUAUGCCUUAUAUAUGUGAUAUCCCUCCUUCCCAAUGCUAGAAGCCACAAAUUGCGCUUGAGAUUGUGGGAGGAGAAAGCAGUGGAGACGCAGUUGGACUUGGAUGUAUUAUCAGGCCUUACCGAGAUAGACCUUGAAACUGAAGAAUUGUUUGGAUUAAAAACAGUAACAAGGCUCGGAGUGUCUUUAAGGGCAUUGCGUACCAAAGAAAUCUCAUCUCAGAUAGUAUCUUUCACCCCACGCUAUGUUGUAUGCAAUCAAUCAGAAGAUGCAAUUGCUAUCCGGCAAUGUAAUAUGGAGGACACGGAAGAACUGAUAACUGUCCACAGUAAGCAAAGGAUAGCUUUAAAGCUGUAUGCAGUGUCAAGAUACAAGAAAGAGACCAACAUUGUUGAAUAUAUUCUCAGAAAGCAUACAAACCCUCAAAGUGAUUUAACAUUCUUUAUCCAGUUCCGACCUAAUGAGACCGGGUUUGGUUGGUCAGGGCCUGUAUGUGUGGCUUCGUUGGGACGUUUUUUCUUGAAAUUCCAGAAAUCCUUGGAAUUCCCUGGAAAUCAAUCGGUUAGCGUGCCAUACAAAGACAAUAUAAGUGGUUUUGCAUCCGUUCAUGUGGUGGAAGAAGGGUCUACCAUUGUCCUUCACUUCCACAGGCCACCACUUACAAAUCCUCCUUACAGGAUAGAGAACUUUUUACAUGAUUCUCCUGUAACUUAUUAUCAGAAGGGUUCAUCAGAACCAGAGACUUUGGGAGCUGGAGUAACUGCUAACUAUGUCUGGGAUGACCUGACUCUUCCACAUAAGCUAGUUGUCCAACUUGAUGAUGUGCAUAUGUUGCGUGAAAUCAACUUAGAUAAGGUGCGGGCAUGGAAACCAUUUUAUCGCAGCAAGCAGACUAGAGGAUUGGGAUUUCAUUUACCCCUGAAUAAGAAGGCUGAAGAUCAGAAUCGUACUUCUUACGGUCGGUUAAUUGGCUCGGAGACUGUAAAGGUGGGUUAUGAAGUAUAUGCAGAAGGUGUAACUCGAGUUUUGAGGAUUUGUGAGUUCGCUGAUAGUCAUAAGGUGAAUAUGGUGCCUGGAUCUGGUAGAAAGCUGCGGCUGAGAAUCUCUUACUUUUCAGUCCACUUGCUAGAGCAUGCCCAGCAGGAGACAGAUCCAGGGGAGCCCUCCAAGUAUGCACCAAUAAUUAUUACAAGGAUUGAACGAUUUAGCUGGGAUGCUAUUUCCAACGACCAGCAUAAAUAUAACCAGAUCAGAGUGCAGUCAUUGAGCGUUGAUGAGAAGUGGGUCGGAGCUCCUUUUGCAGCAAUGCUUCGCCGGCACCAAUCAGAAAAGUCUGAUGCAAAUGAUUACAUUCUCCAUGUUGCAGUUGUUUUGCUUCCAACUAGUUCUUCCGUGAAACAUGUGAAAUACCUUUCCAUUGUUCUGCAGCCUCUUGACUUGAACCUUGAUGAGGAGACAUUAAUGAAAAUAGUCCCAUUUUGGAGAUCUUCUAGUGAUUCCAAUGCUCCCCGUCAACAGUACUACUUUGAACAUUUUGAGAUCCACCCGAUAAAGAUUGUGGCGAGUUUCCUUCCUGGGGGUUUGCGUUACAGCUACAGUUCAACGCAAGAGACUCUAAGGUCUUUGCUCCAUAGUGUGAUUAAGAUACCUGUCAUUAAGGCAAAGACAGUCGAGCUCAACGGGGUCCUUGUAACGCAUGCUUUAAUAACAUUACGUGACUUGAGUAUAAAAUGCGCACAGCAUUACUCCUGGUAUGCAAUGAGAGCAAUCUAUAUUGCAAAAGGAAGCCCAUUGCUUCCUCCAGCCUUUGCUUCUAUAUUUGACGAUCUAGCUUCGUCCUCCCUUGAUGUCUUUUUUGAUCCUUCAAGUGGCUUGCACAAUCUUCCUGGUGUGACCUUAGGAACGCUCAAGCUCAUCAGUAAAUUCAUAGAUAAUAAAGGUUUUACUGGAACAAAGCGCUACUUUGGCGAUCUGGGAAAAACGUUGAAAAAAGCAGGGUCAAAUAUACUCUUUGCUGCAGUAACUGAAGUAUCAGACUCUGUUCUUAAGGGAGCAGAAACCAAUGGAUUUAAUGGAAUGGUGAAUGGUUUUCACCAAGGAAUUCUUAAAUUAGCUAUGGAACCAUCUGUCAUAAGUACUGCUUUCAUGGAAGGUGGCCCAGAUCGGAAAAUCAAACUCGACAGAAGUCCUGGGGUUGAUGAGCUAUACAUUGAGGGCUAUCUGCAAGCAAUGUUGGACACCAUGUAUAAACAAGAAUAUCUGAGGGUGAGAGUCAUUGAAAACCAGGUUAUCCUCAAAAACCUUCCUCCGAGUAGUUCUCUUAUAAAUGAAAUUAUGGAGAACGUAAAAGCCUUUCUCGCAAGCAAGUCGUUGUUGAAGGGGGAAUCUUCUUCAUCCCAUUCCUUACGACACAUACGAGGAGAAAGAUCUGGCAAGGUUAUGGGCAGAAUCAAGUGGAGGGAAAAGGCAAAGGAGGAGGUUGAAGAUAAGGCUUUUGUUCCCACUACAAGUGGUGAGGAGGAACAACAGAAGGUGAAGCUCGUGUGGAGAUGGGGAAUUGGGAAGUUUUUCCUGUCUGGUAUAGUUGCCUAUAUUGAUGGCCGGUUAUGUCGAAAUAUUCCAAAUCCCUUAGCAAGGAGAAUUGUGAGUGGUUUUUUGUUGAGCUUUUUGGAUCAAGGUGAUGAUGAUGAAACAAAUUCAGUAACGGUGAAAAAUCAUACGGACUGGGAAGAAACUGCUGAGUUCAUCCUAAAUUCAGUCACUUAA